UGUAUGUAUUUUACAUUGAAAAAAUACCCGGUUCUCAGAAUUAUACACCUGCCGCUAUCGUACUGCGACACACAGGUAAAGGGUGGCGACGUACAUGUACAUGUAUCCUGACUAGCAGGUCAGCAACUAAACCUAAGCAUGGCUUCCCCGGGAGAGCAUUUGUUGGUUGCCGCCAUUGACUUCGGGACCACCUACUCGGGGUACGCAUUCUCCUUUCUCCACGACUAUAAACGUGACCCAUUGAAGGUUUCGGCCAACAACUGGACAGCGGGGUCAGGGUGUCUGAUUUCCUUGAAGACGUCCACAUGUGUUCUCUUUAAACCAAACGGAGAGUUCCACUCUUUUGGAUUUGAGGCUGAGGACAAGUACUCUGAUCUGGCCUUAGAUGAUGAACAAGAUGGAUGGCGUUACUUCCGACGAUUUAAAAUGAAACUUUAUGAAAACAAGUGCUUAAACCGUUCGUUUUGCCUAGAAGAUGAUCAAGGUCGGACCAUGCAGGCAAUCAAGGUGUUUACAACAGUCAUCAAAUAUCUCAAGAAUCAUAUGAUGACGUCAUGCAAAAAUCAAAUGACAAACAUAGUAACGUCGGACAUCCUCUGGGUACUAACUGUUCCAGCAAUCUGGUCUGACGCAUCAAAACAGUUCAUGAGGGAGGCUGCCGAGGCUGCCGGCAUUGAAGGCGGUCACCUGAUGAUAGCUCUAGAACCGGAAGCUGCAUCUCUUUACUGCAAGUACCUCCCUUUAGAACGGAAAGGUGAAGGCGGUAUGAAGGCCUUUACUUCCGGGUCGAAGUACGUGGUACUGGACGCUGGCGGAGGAACGAUAGACAUAACAGUACACGAGGUUCAGCGGGAUGGCUCACUGAAGGAAAUCCACAAGGCCAAUGGCGGGGACUGGGGAGGUACAAAAGUGGAUCACGCCUUCCAACUUCUCUUAUCAGGAAUCAUUGGUAACGGUGCAUUUCACCGCUUCAUGGAAAAGAACAAGGCAGACAUGGUCGAAUUUUUCCGUGAUUUUGAAGUGAAAAAGCGCACCAUCAAACCAAAUGCUCCCUCUGACGAAAAAACUACCUUUAAAGUUCCAACGACGAUGAACGACGCUUGUAAGGGUGAGAAUAGUGAAGAUAUUGCCACAAUUGUGAAGUCGAAACAACAUUUCAAGGGAAAUUUGUCUGUUAUUGGCGAUAAGCUAAGAGUAAGCAGCGAUAGAGCAAAAGGACUGUUCAAGGACCCGGCAAGACAUAUCGUGGACCACUUAAAGGAGCUUUUGAGAGAGCCUUCUGCUAGGGGGGUGACGAGCAUACUGAUGGUUGGAGGAUUUUCGGAGUCCCUCGUACUUCAGGAUGAAAUCAAAAGAAACUUUUCAGACCUUCGAGUGAUUGUGCCACAAGAUGCAGGACUGGCAGUUCUGAAAGGGGCAGUUAUUUUUGGACAUGAACCGCGAUCUAUCAAAUCAAGAGUUUGUAAGUACACCUAUGGUGUACGUUCGGGAUGUACAUUUGUUGAGAAAGUUCACGAUAUUUCUAAACGUGAAGUUAGGCAAGAUGGAAAAGUAAGAUGUAAAGACAUAUUCAGUAUCCACGUACGCGUGGGAGAUUCUUAUGAUAUCGGCCAACCCCAAGUUGUAAAAUCGUACGUACCGUUAGAUCCCGAUCAAAAUGCAAUGUUCUUUAUCGUGUACGUUUCUACAGAGAAGGAACCUAUGUACGUGACAGAUCCCGGAUGUACCAGGAUAGGACAAUUGAGAGUCGCUAUGCCUGACACUUCAAAAGGACUCGACAGAUCCGUCACGGUACAGAUGACCUUUAGUAAUACAGAGCUAGAGGUAGAAGCCACCAACAAAAAUACUGGGGAGACGGUUACCGCGGCAUUCGACUUUUUGUAGUGACUGUGCUGGAAGUGAUGUUUGGUAUUAGAACGAAACAUGAAUACAUGAUUUAACAACUGAAAUGAGAUCGCGCUAUGUGAAUAAAAAAUAUUUUGGUAAUCCCCGCCAUGGAGACUAAAACAUGCAAGCGGUCUUCUUAUGGGUUAAAAUUUCCGAAGAAAUAUUUUUUGGGUAAAAUGUGUUCCAACAGCUGGAUUAUGUGAUAUGUCAUCAAAGACGAUGUUUAGGCUAAUUGCAUGCACAUUACAAUCACACUGUCUGUGAAUACUUAUAGCUUCUUUGGUACGCAUUUCCCUCUACUACUAGGCUUUCAUGCAUUUAUCGCGUUCGAAUUACUAAGAAAUAAGAUAGGCUGUCAUUUAAGUUUGUUGAAUGGUAUUGAUAGUACCAAGAAAGUGUUUAUUCUAAUACAAAAUUCAAGGGUCAGUUGCUUACUUGUCAAAAAUUGUAUUGUUUGAAUCUAUUAUCAAACAACAUAUACAUUUUUUUAAUACAUAUUGUUCUGUAUAUUUAUACUUUUCUAUGAAACAUUUAAAUAUUUUGUGUUUGUAUUGAUUUUGGAUGUAAUUGCGUUGAAGUUAUGAAACAUUGUUUUCGCUAUUUAUUUUUUGUCAAGAUGCCUUUUAAACAAUUUUUUUUCACGAAAAUUGUGGAAAAAUGAAAGCCCUUGAAUACUUAAAUCUUUUGAAAAAUUACAAAAUAUCAAAAUUAAAAUAAGGAAUAUACAUAAAUACGAGGUACAUGUAUGUGAUUCUAGACCAGUAAUAUAUGAGAAUCAAAUCCAUUAAGACAUCAUUGAUUGAUUGGUAGACUCAAACAUGCUAGGUAUUAGUAGUUUCCGUAUAUUGUAUAUCAAAACCAAAAAAAAUGGAAAAGAACCUUGUUAACUUCAUGAUUACCCCGAAAAUGAAUUCUUUGUUUUAAAGAUAAGAGACAUAUACCUAUUGGAGCCCUAGAAAACACACCUUAAAGACGACUCUAAGAUACAUAUGUUUUAGACAAUUCUGCAUAAGGUUGAAUCUAGCUUCCAGUCAUAAAAGACGUGUGUUGUCUAUACAACUGAUGUAUAUCUGGUAUGUGGUUCCUUUACAUUGAUUUUGACGGGAGUUGGAAAGGCUACUUUGCGAUAUUCCCGGUUCUGAGGGAAUUCAACAACAAGCGAGCGCCAGAAUCGUACAUCGUACAUUGCAUUUAAAUAUCAAAUUUUGCACUUUUGCAAUUAGGUAUACAACAUUCAUUGAAAUUUGAACAUUAAUUUGCACGUGGAUAUCGUAGAUUGGUUCCCGCAGUAAUCCGGACGAUUUUUCUGAACACGUGGAGAAAAAAAGACCGGGCCAGUCACCUGUGUCGACAGGGGAACAGCAAGCUCGCUUGACACACUGCGUAGUCAUAUAACAAUCACUGUGAGGUCUUAGCCCCAGGCAUUUACCUGUUCAGCUCAGUUUUGUAAAGGUACUUUGUUUUUCUAUACAGCGAAUCAAUUAAAGGAUUAUAGACUGGUCUUGUUUAAACGUAAAGCAGACGAAAACUAUGACAAUGGCAAUGAUUUAACUCUCAUAAGCUAAUAGUGUAGAUAAUUACAUACAGGAUAUAUUUUCCCACUUCUUCGUAAAGAUAGUCAUAUGGAUUUCCCCCUCCACAGCAAGCUCUGUUCACUCAAAUGUAAUGUUUUUCUUACAAAAUAACACAACAAGGUAUUGGCGAAAAAACUUGAUUACCUAUAUGAAGGUGGCAGAAGAAAAUUAUUUUUAAUCAUUAAAGUUUUAGGUAAAGUUUGGAAUAAAAUUAAAUACUUUUCAAAGAC